GAUAUUGUACUCACGUCCAUUACUACACGGACAGGACUUUCUUCUCUUCUCUAUUCCACCAGUGACGAUCUAUUCCACCUCCACUAGAUGGCGCUCCAGGAUAAUAAUUACCUGCCAGGAACAAACAUGUCGGCUCCUAUAUAAUUUACUACGUUCUUACCCUAAGAUAACAUGGCCUCCAGGGCCCUCACAGUCUUCUGGAGACCUAACCGGAUAUCCGGUAUGGCGGUGCCCACGUGACGCGGCGUGCUCUGGCUGCAGGAUAUGGCGGUGGACGUGAGGUUGCCUGUUGCUCGGAAACGAGUGACUGAGGGUCUGGAGGCGGCGGAGAAGAGCUGGAACCUCGUGUCUCCCGGGGACACCAUAACCACGGACACCGGCUUCAUGAGAGGACAUGGGACGUACAUGGAGGACGACAAACUGCUGGCGUCUGUGGCCGGUGUGGUGGAGAGAGUCAACAAGCUGAUCUGUGUCCGAGCCUUGAAAACAAGAUACAACGGAGAAGUAGGUGACAUUAUCGUGGGAAGAAUAACCGGUGGAAAGUGGACACUAACUCGCGUCUGGACUCGGUGCUGUUGCUGUCCUCAGUUAAUCUUCCUGGCGGGGAGCUGAGGAGGAGGUCGGCUGAGGAUGAACUUGCCAUGAGGAGCUACCUGCAGGAAGGCGACCUGAUCAGUGCGGAGGUGCAGGCGGUGUACUCUGACGGAGCGCUGUCCCUCCACACGCGCAGUCUGAAGUAUGGCAAGCUCGGACAGGGCAGCCUGGUGCAGGUGUCGCCAUCGCUAAUAAAGAGGCGCAAGACCCACUUCCAUAACCUGCCCUGCGGGGCGUCUGUCAUCCUGGGCAACAACGGCUUCAUCUGGCUCUUCCCAACCCCGGAGCAGACGGAGGAGGAGGCCGGGGGCUUCAUUACUAAUCUGGAGCCGAUCGCGCUCGCGGAUCGGGAAGUGAUCUCGCGUCUGAGGAACUGCAUCCUGGCGCUGUCCUCCCAGAAGAUGUUACUGUACGACACCAGCAUCCUGUACUGCUAUGAGGCGUCUCUGCCCCACCAGAUUAAGGAUCUCCUAAAGUCAGAGGUGAUAGAAGACAUUGUGCUGGAGACCAGACAUCGGCUGGUGGAGCAGGAGGGUUAGUGAAGCACCUGACCGGAGCCUCAACAUCUGGGCAACCCCAAAUUCUGCAAUGUUACUACAUAUCCACUGCGGGGCACUGUGCUCAUGGCUCCACAUCUUCCCUCCGGUCCAGAGACUUAUACAGACUUAUAAACUUAGACUUUCCUCAAUUCAUAUACAAAUCUGUUUGCAGCCGGAGCGGCAGUCACAAUGGGGCGUUCCAGGGUGAUAGAGGGGCCCGAGCUCAGUCAACAUUCGGCUCAAUGAUUGGAUUUAUAUUUUCAUGCAAAAAGCUGCUAGAAUGUGAGUCCUGCUCCCAUCCCUAAAACUGACUGACAGCUCUGGAUUGUGUAUACACAUAGACCUGUCAAUCACUGUGUGUGGAGGGGGGGGGGGGG